UGAAUUGGAUAGGUAAUGAUGAAUGAAACAUUAGCCAUAUGAGGAGGUACGUUCCUAUCAGCGAGCUCCCUGCUUCUCCUCCAGCAGGAGGAUCUGGUUUCACGCACCUGUCGACUCUGCCUCUAAACACUGUGCUGCUCUUCUCUGUUUCUGUGUCUGCUGCUGUUUUUACAAGUUCCAAAGAAGAAGAGAAUGGAUGUAAAGAGCGGGAAGUCAGGCAUUAGAUGAUAGAGGCUUGACGGGAUGCCUGUGUCAUGGGCACAGAGGGCGAGGCGAACGAAAAGACAAGCACAGAUGAAGAUGCAUCUCAGCCGGAAGCUGCCAGUAUCGCAGAUGUGUCCGUGGAGGUUGCCACAGUGGACCACACUCUGCAGAAGAUCUGCAGGAAGUACAGGAAGACCAGACGAAAGCCUAAAGGUCUCCAGAGGCUGUGGGACCACCUGCUGAACAUCCCCCACCUCGCUGUCAUCAUCACAGCCGUGGUGUUUGUGGUGGUGGUGAUCAUGUGGUCGCUGCUGUGGGUCUUCAUUUUUCGCAGGGAAAGCAACAGUGGAGCGUAUUUUGCCGGGAUGUUCCGCGUUGCCAACGUUGAGUUUAUCCCUGAGUACCGCCAGGCAGAGUCCAAUGAGUUUGUGUCCAUGGCUAACAAAAUACAACACGUGGUGAGCAAUGUGUACAAGAUGUCUUCGGUGGCCCGACUCUACAAGCAAGCUGUCAUUUCAGACCUCAGUAACACCAACAAGGGCGGUGUGCUGGUGCAUUUCUGGAUGGUGUUUGUUGUCCCUCGACUAAAGAGCACUGCAGUGUGUGAGGAGUGUGUGGGAGCCAUCUUUAGGGACUCAGUCCACACCAGCAUGAAGAACAGGUCCAAUGUAGGCUACCUGCUGGGCCUCCCGGUGGAUUUAGACUCCAUCCUCAUUAAUGUCGUUCAGCGAUCAGAUUACUCAUCAAAUGGAGCAAGCUCACAGUGUGUAGACAAGCUGUAUGCCAGCCUUCCUGGAGGGAGCGUCCCUUUAAACGUCUUCUCCUCAUGGGGGGGUGUGAACUGCCAUGUGAAGCUCACCUCAGUGCCCGGCUCUCUGAUCCGCCUCACCGUCACCUCGUUCCUCAUCGAGCCCAGCGACUGUGUGAGCGACGCUCUGGCGGUGUACGACGCUCUGCUGCCCAUGAGAGGGCGCAUUCUGCACAGGCUGUGUGAGCCGGUGUCCAGCUCCUUCUCCCUGGUGUCUACCUCCAAUGUCAUGCUGCUGUCCUUCAGGAUGACCAAUGGCAACAAGAGCUUCAGAGGACACUUUGAGGCCAUCGCUGAAGAAAUGUGUAUGUCUCAAAUUGAGACCCACUUAAAGCCUCACAUCAGCGAUCAAAUCUACAGCCCCUUCCACCCGAGCCUCCUGCCCCCCCAGUGCUUCUGCUCCUGGACGUUUCAGACCCCUAACAGUGCUUUCGGAGUUGCACUGCAGUUUCAGAACUAUGUAUUGACCCCAAAGGGCUUGAAGGGCUGUGCACAAGGCUGGUGGAAGGUCAAUGAAAUCAUUUUCUGCGGCAGCUACGUGGGACACAGCACGGUGUUUCGGAUCGCUGACCACAGCCCAGAGGUGGAGUUUCGCUGCAGCUCGCGUAACUCUGCUCAGCCUUUUCAGGCGUCGCACAGCAGCUUCAAUAUCAGCCAACCCUGUCCAGAGAGCCACUUCCUGUGCUCCACGGGACUGUGUGUGGAGAAGAGUCGACGCUGUGACGGCCUGGACGACUGCCAGGAUGAGAGUGACGAGGUCUUCUGCUCAAAGCCCACGAAGAACUGUGGGGGCAGCAGUCCUCUGCAUCCUCUGUUCGUAUGCAAUGGAGAGAUAGACUGCACCAAUGGAAUAGAUGAGAUAAACUGCACUCAGGAAACGACCUGCUCUGCGAUCAGGUAUCAGUGCAGCAGUGGCUCCUGCAUCCUGAAGAAGAACGCGAGGUGUGACGGUGUUCACGACUGUCAGGACCGCAGCGACGAGGCGGACUGCGCCUGUGGUCGUCCCUCCCUGGUGAAGAAGGUGGACUCCUCCACAGGUCGUAUCGUGGGGGGGGAGAACUCUGCUGAGGGAGAGUGGCCGUGGCAGGUCAGCCUCCACUUCUCUGGGAACCUGCACUGCGGGGCGUCUGUCCUUUCCUCUGAUUGGCUCAUCUCAGCUGCACACUGCUUCAGCAAGGAGAGGCUGUCUGACCCGCGGUUCUGGAGCGCCCACCUCGGCAUGCUGACUCAGGGCGGUGCCAAACACACGGCGGAGAUCCAGCGGAUCGUGGUGCACGAGUACUACAACGCGUACACGUUCGACUACGACAUCGCCCUGCUGCAGCUCAAGAAGCCGUGGCCGGCCUCCCUCAGCCCGCUGGUGCAGCCGGUGUGCCUGCCCCCCCCCUCACACACCGUCACCGACAGCCACCGCUGCCUCGUCACCGGCUGGGGGUACCGCUCUGAGGAGUACAGAGUGCUGCCCUCAGUGCUGCAGAAAGCCGAGGUGUCCCUCCUGAGCCAGACUGACUGUAAGAAGAGCUAUGGACCCGUGUCCCCCCGCAUGCUGUGUGCCGGGGUCCCCUCCGGAGAGAGGGACGCCUGCAGGGGGGAUUCAGGGGGUCCUCUGUCCUGCCAGGCGCCGGGCGGCGGUCGCUGGUUCCUCAUUGGCAUCGUCAGCUGGGGUGCGGGCUGUGGGAGACCGGGCCUACCGGGGGUCUACACCAGGGUCAACAAGUUCACCUCCUGGAUCUCCAGCCAUAUCAGCUGACAUGAUGAAAGGAUUAUUCAUCCAGUGCCGGCAGAAAACGUAAACAUUCUGUCUUUCACACCAAAAAAUAAAAGCGUCACUAAAAGCAUUUAUGUCGAUUGUA